UAUAAUACGACAAACGCGUAUCUAGAAAGUUAUGUCAUUAAAGAAUAUAUCGCGCUUGUGUCGCACGGUAGUUCGGUAAAUCUGCAUUGGAUGAUAACAAACAGCUAUGUUUUACAGGUUACGACUAUUUGAAUUUACUUAAAUAAAAGAAACGUAGUAAGUAAAGGAAUUAAGAAAAUGUCACAACAAACGGCACUCAUACAAACUACCAACGCCGGAUCUGACAUGACACCUGUGCUUGGUAGUUUACAAUCUAUUGGACCUAACACUCAGGCAUCAUCUACCGUGCCUAAUAUACAAAGUGGUAAUACAGUAGUACAGAUAUUACAGCCUCAGACACAAUCUCAACAGACGCAAUUUGUAUCACAACCUUCAAAACAGCAGGUAGUGCAGCAACCCUCAACACAACAACAACAGCAGCAACCGCAACAGCAACAGCAAAGUUCCUUCAAUGAUUUUCCACAGUUUUUAACUAAAACACGACUUCAAGAUCUUGUGAAAGAGGUAGAUCCCACUGAACAAUUAGAUGAAGAAGUAGAAGAAAUGCUUUUGCAGUUGGCAGAUGAUUUUGUAGAAACAACUGUAAAUGCAGCAUGUUUGUUAGCUAAGCAUCGUCAUGCAAACACUGUAGAAGUAAAAGAUGUACAAUUACACUUAGAAAGAAAUUGGAACAUGUGGAUACCUGGUUUUGGCACAGAUGAAGUACGCCCAUACAAACGUGCAACAGUUACUGAAGCACAUAAACAAAGAUUGGCACUUAUACGAAAAUCAAUCAAAAAAUAUUAG